AUGUCAGAACUCCUACGCAAGGCAGGCAUGGAGUCUUGUAAACCGCUUGCCACUCCAAUGACGUCAGCUACAUCAAACACUGAUGCUGACUCCCCCCAGCUAGACGACCCUACUCUAUACCGACAGCUGGUUGGCUCCCUUAUGUAUCUCCUGCUCACUCGCCCGGACCUCUCUUUCUCGGUGAACAGGUUGUGCCAAUUCAUGCACAGUCCAACAGAGGAACACUGGGCGGCUCUCAAACGUGUGCUUCGGUACAUCAAAGGUACUCUAACCCUUGGUCUGCGUCUCGCAGCUUCUGAUGCGCCUCCGACACUGCACGCGUUCUCGGACUUCGACUGGGCUGGUUGCUCAGUUGACAGGAAAUCUACAGCUGGUUAUGCCGUCUUUCUUGGCCCGAACUUGGUAUCCUGGACUUCAAUGAAGCAGCGAACGGUAGCUCGCUCCUCAACUGAAGCCGAAUACAAGGGUCUUGCUGACGUUGCUGCAGAAGUGGUGUGGGUCCAAUCCUUACUACGCGAUCUUGGUCUUCACCACUCUACAGUCCCGGUGCUUUGGUGUGACAAUUUGGGAGCAACGUACCUAUGCGCCAAUCCCGUGUUCCAUGCUCGGACCAAACACGUUGAAGUAGACUAUCACUUCGUCCGCGACAAAGUUGCUUCCGGAGAUCUAAAAGUAAACUUUGUCUCUACUCAUGAUCAGUUGGCAGACAUCUUUACCAAAGCUUUGUCGACUGCUCGGUUCGAUGAUCUCAGGGCCAAGCUUGGCGUUGUUCCGUGUCCACCGUCAGCUUGCGGGGGCGUGUUAAGCAGUUAG